AUGACCCUGUGGGACAGCGAGCUACCCUUCUACCCUCGGCCUCUGCAAGCGGCCAACUUCAGCGCCCCGCUGCUCGUCGUCAUUGUGGUGUUCCUGGUCUUGGUCACCAGUUUCCUGUUCAUCUUGCCCGGGAUCCGCGGCUACUCGUGCUGGUUCUGGCUGGUGAGAAUUCUUCUCAGUCUGUUCAUAGGUGCUGAAAUUGUGGCCGUGCACUUCAGCACAGAAUGGUCUGUGGGUAGGAUCAUCACCAACACAUCCUACAAGGCCUUCAGUGCGGCGCGUGUCAGGGCCCGCGUCGGUCUGCACGUGGGCCUGGAGGGGGUCAACAUUACACUCACAGGGAUCCCAGUGCAGCAGCUGAACGAGACCAUCAAUUACAACGAGCAGUUCAGCUGGCGCCUGGGCGAGAACUACGCGGAGGAAUAUGGCGAGGCACUGGAGAGGGGCCUGCCAGAUCCCGUGCUCUACCUGGCGGAGAAGUUCACUCCGAGCAGCCCUUGCGGACUCUACCUUCAGUACCGCCUGGCGGGACACUACGCGACCGCAACGCUGUGGGUGGCGUUCUGCCUCUGGCUGCUCUCCAAUGCGCUGCUCUCCAUGCCGGUGCCGCUCUAUGGAGGCCUGGCGCUGCUGAGCACCGGCGCCUUCGCGCUCUUCUCGGUCUUCGCCUUCGCCUCGGUCUCCAGCGCGCCGUUGUGCCCGCUCCGCCUCGGCUCGGCUCUGCUCACCACUCACUACGGCGCCGCCUUUUGGCUCACGCUGGCCACUGGCAUCCUGUGUCUUUUCCUCGGAGGGGCGGUAGUCAGCCUUCACUACGCACAGCCCAGCGCUCUUCGCACCUUCCUGGACCAAAGCGGCAAGAAUCGUGAAGACCAGGCGAAAGGGCGCUCGCUUCUUAUUGUCAACAGCCCUCUGCACGAGCAGUUCGAGGACCCAAACUUAGAGAUCAUCACUAAACUGUGA